UGGUGGGCUCCUGGCUGGGAAUCGCGGGAGGAAGGAGGAAGGCCCAGGUCCCACUGGAGAUCCCUUUAGUGUUGGUAUCCCAGGAGUCAGCUUUCCAUCUGGUCAGAGGGACCCUGGGUUGCGGCACAUAUCCGGCUGCUUCCCAAGUGGAGGGAGGACGCCCUGGAGCCUAUCAGUCUGGCCUCUGGCCCCAGGACACCUCUCCCGGGUCUGCCCCAGUGCCUAAAAGUCAGGGGGCAGCAAAUUUUUAACUAGACACAUUGAUCAUUAACAGGGGUAGGAAGGAGUCCAGACUCAGUCUCAGUUGGGGGCAGAGACCAGCUGGGCCUCAGGCCUCCUGCAGAGAUGCUGGGUCCCCGAGUCUGGACAUCUGUGAGGCCAGGGCUGAGUAGGGGCUUGUCCAAGAAAGUGGGGAGCCGGCCCUCAGGGGAGGGGAAGAAGGUAGACAUCGCGGGCAUCUACCCCCCUGUGACCACCCCCUUCACUGCCACCUCAGAGGUGGACUAUGGGAAACUGGAGGAGAAUCUGCACAAACUGGGCACCUUCCCUUUCCGAGGCUUCGUGGUCCAAGGCUCCAACGGGGAGUUCCCCUUCCUGACCAGCAGUGAGCGCCUGGAGGUGGUGAGCCGCGUGCGCCAGGCCAUGCCCAAGGACAAGCUUCUGCUAGCUGGCUCUGGCUGCGAGUCUACUCAAGCCACGGUGGAGAUGACCUUGAGCAUGGCCCAGGUCGGGGCUGACGCUGCCAUGGUGGUGACACCUUGCUACUAUCGUGGCCGCAUGACUAGUGCUGCCCUCAUUCACCACUACACCAAGGUGGCUGACCUCUCUCCAAUCCCCGUGGUGCUGUACAAUGUCCCGGGCAACACAGGGCUGGACCUGCCUGUGGACGCGGUGGUCACGCUCUCCCAGCACCCGAACAUCGUGGGCAUCAAGGACAGUGGCGGUGAUGUGACCAGGAUUGGGCUGAUUGUUCACAAGACCAGGAGGCAGGAUUUCCAGGUGUUGGCUGGAUCGGCCGGCUUCCUGCUGGCCGGCUAUGCUGUGGGAGCUGUGGGGGGCGUGUGUGCCCUGGCCAAUGUUCUGGGGGCUCAGGUGUGCCAGCUGGAGCGACUCUGCCUCACAGGGCAAUGGGAAGAUGCCCAGAAGCUGCAGCACCGCCUCAUUGAGCCAAACACUGCGGUGACCCGGCGCUUCGGGAUCCCCGGGCUGAAGAAAGCCAUGGACUGGCUUGGCUAUUAUGGAGGCCCCUGCCGGGCUCCCUUGCAGGAGCUGAGCCCCGCACAGGAGGAGGAGCUGCGCAUGGAUUUCACCAGCAACGGCUGGCUCUGAGGGCAAGGAGGGGACAUGCCUGGCCCGAGCCCACCUCAGUCUGCUGCCUGGCACCUGCCGUCGGAAGAGGA